AUGGCUGAUGGAAAUAUAACACCUGACGUUCUAGAACAUUUAUCUCAAAGAACUACACAGAACCAUAGAGAUGGUAUAUUUGGUGAAGAGUUUAGAAAGAAAGUUAGGGAGAGAGAAGGAAGAGAACCUAUUGUACAUGACCUUGCAAACGAAAGUUUGCAAAAUGUCAUAAAAACUUACUUUGCAGACAAUGAACUGAGAAGGGAUGAAUAUUUAAGAAAACUCAAAUGGACAGUACCAAAUGAAAUGUUAGUAUUGAAAAACAUGUUCCUUGACAAAAUAAAACCAACUACAGAAAUAAAUGACGCAAGACUGAAACAUUGGGUAAAAGCUUUCCCAUUCACAAAAGAUAUUAUUGGUUACAUGGAAAGAAAACCAGAAUGGCUACAAAAACAUAUAUUUGGAAACGAGCUUAUUCCAUAUGGACAAGCUCUGUUUGAAGAGCUUGAACCGGAAACUCAGGAAAGAGUCAUGCAAACAAUACGCGAAGACUCAAAUACAAACUAUGACAAAAUCUUUCUAGGAUAUAGGUUACCUGAGAUGGGCGACCAGAGCCCAAAGGCAAAAAGGACAUGGGAAAUUUACAACAUACUAGGUGAACAUGAGGCAAAGAUGCAACAACUUGAAGCAGAGG